AUGGGUCGUGUUAUUCGUUCUCAAAGAAAAGGUCCUGGUGGUAUCUUCAAGGCCCACACCAGACUUCGUAAAGGAGCUGCUAAAUUACGUCCUUUAGAUUUUGCCGAACGCCAUGGAUAUAUAAGAGGCAUUGUUAAAGAGAUCAUCCAUGAUCCAGGUCGUGGUGCACCUCUCGCAAAGGUCCAAUUUCGCGAUCCCUAUCGUUAUAAACUUCGUCUUCAAACCUUCAUUGCUACCGAAGGGUUGCACACUGGACAAUUUGUAUACUAUGGCAAGAAAGCUGCUUUGACUGUUGGCAACGUGCUUCCGCUGGCGUCUAUGCCCGAGGGAACAAUAAUUUGUAAUGUUGAAGAAAAGAUUGGUGAUCGUGGCGCAUUAGCUCGUGCAUCAGGAAAUUAUGCUACCAUCAUCGGUCAUAACCACGAGGAAGGCAAAUGUCGUAUCAAAUUACCUUCCGGAGCAAAAAAGGUUGUCAAUUCUAGUGCUCGCGCGACAGUUGGUAUUGUGGCUGGUGGCGGUCGUAUUGAUAAACCUUUGCUUAAGGCUGGUCGUGCUUAUCACAAAUACAGAGUAAAAAGGAACUGCUGGCCUAAAACUCGUGGUGUGGCUAUGAAUCCUGUGGACCAUCCUCAUGGUGGUGGUAAUCACCAGCAUAUUGGUCAUGCAUCUACAGUGUCUAGAGAAAGUGCUCCUGGACAAAAGGUCGGUUUAAUUGCUGCAAGAAGGAGUGGUUUGUUACGUGGUACCAACAAAGUCAAGUCUUCUGGUGCUGCUUAA